AUGGGAGGCGCCUCGGGUGGUCCCAAGAAGCAACUGACCGUGCAAACCGGUGUUGGGUUGGCGGAACCGGCGGCUUCCGACUUUGACCUCCCCUCCCCCACUCCGCUCGCUGCUCCUCUCGGCGCGCCGGUUUCCGCGCCUACGGCGUCCGCGCUAGAAGCAGGAGGCGGGUCUGCGGAGAUUCCACCGCAUGACCCCGGCUCGCCUACUCCGCUAGCAGCGCCUCUUGCGGCUCCGCGGAGUUCAUCUGGGGGUGCUUCCGCUGGUGCGCCCGCGCAGGCGGUCGAUCCUGGAUCCCCGACUCCCCUUGCUGCGCCUGUUGCGCGCACGCCAACUCCAAUUUCCACAGCGGCAGUAACGGAAGCUUCCCCGCAUGAUCCUGGAUCUCCCACUCCGCUCGCUGCGCCGGUUGCUGGCGGUGGCGCCGGCGGUGAAGUGGAUGCGCCCCCGCAUGACCCGGGCUCGCCCACUCCGCUGGCUGCUCCGCUGGGGGGAAAAUCCGCGGCAGGUGGAGGUGUAGCGGGAAGCGGCGGAUCUCCGCCGAAGGCAGGUCACGGCGCGGGGGAGGAAGGCGCGGAGGACGGAGAAGCAUUGGGCGCAGGUGGGGUAGGGGGUCACUCAGCGAAAGGAGGGAUGUCAGCUGCAGCAGCAGCGGCUGUAGCAAGCAAGGCCGGGGGACACAGCGCGCACGGCGGGCAUAGCAGCCCAGUAGCAGCGGUGGGGAAAGCAGCAAUGCUGAUAGAAGAAGCUGUGAAGCCGCCUUUACUAAGGAGCAGAUCAGGAGACACAGUCAGGGCCCACCUUGUCGCUGCCGGCGCUGGCACUGGCGGUAGCAGUGGCGCGUGUGCCUCGUCCCCCUCGCCUUUCCAUUCCACCACCACCGGCAGUAACAGUCAGGCUGGUUCGGGACUAGGUCCGGGAGCGGGUGGAGGUCCGGGUGGUAUGGGUUGCCACUCUCUCUCCAGUCGCCAAGCAGAGAUGCUUCACAACGCUUUAAGAGCUCCUGCUAGGUGCCACUCGGAUAAGGGCAUGCACGGGGUGGGAGGGGGGAGGGACGGGAGUGGGGGCAGCCCCCCGCUGCCUGGGGGAAAACGGGGUCUGGAGGAGGGGAGGAGAGGGGGGAGCUGCAAGGAGGCGGGUGCGGUGGGGGGAGGGGAGGGCAUGGGGGUUGAUGCGGAUUUGUUUGGAUCAAUGGGUGGGGAGGGCGGGGCAGUGGACGAGGAUUUAACCAGCAGUCACCCCACGCGCUCCCACUUAAUGACCUACGAGGCCAUACUUCCGUCCCGCGUCGCGGCGCAUCACCAGUCCUCCGCACGCGUAUCGCUGCAGCCGCACCACUCCCCGGGCGGAAGGAACCGCGCGCAAGCGCAAGCAUUCCGCGGGGAUGGGCGCGCGGAGAUCGCGACGUGCGGGGAGAAUAGUUCCGACGACGCGUGGAAUAGUAGGCGGCGCGUGGUCGUAGCUUCUAGGAACCCCGUGAAGAUUAACGCCGCAGGGGAGGCGCUCCGGCGGCUGUUUCCCCACGAGUCGUUCGAAUUAGAGGGCUUUCCGGCCGACUCGGGCGUCUCGGACCAGCCGAUGGGCGACGCGGAGACUCUCGCGGGCGCGCGGAACCGCCUGCUGCACGUGGCGCGCAGCAGCGCGGCGGAAGGCGCGGAUUUCGUUGUUGCGAUCGAAGGGGGUGUGGAGUGGUGCCGGUUCUCCGAUCCCCCGCAACUCAUGUGCUUCGCAUGGGCUGUCGUACUCUCCACGUCCGCGCGCGCGGAAGACGAGGCGGAAGCUGACGGCGCGGUUGUCGGCGGAAGCGGGGAGGGCGGAGGCGCGGCUCCUGGAGCGGGGAACGGGAGACAGCAGCAGGGGAGGGGAGUGGGGGAAGCGACAGGGGGCGGGGGCGGGGGCGGGGAAGGGUUGGCGGGGAGGAGAGGAGGCGCGGCGCUUGGGGGAGUAAACCGGGGAAGCUUAGCGGGAGGCGGAGGGAACGCGAUUUCGGGGGAGACGAGAGCGCGGACGGCCGCGUUCAUGCUUCCGCCACCACUGGUGGAACUGGUGCAAGGGGGCAUGGAGCUGGGAGAAGCAACAGAUGAGGCUUUCAGGCAAGAGGGCAGCAAAUCCCGAGGGGGCACAGUGGGGUAUCUGACCAAUGGGGAGAUCACACGUCAGACGUACUACGAGCAUGCUAUCACUCUUGCUCUCAUCCCAUUCGUCCACCCAUCGCUGUAUAAAAGCCCGUCGCACCCGGUGCUGCCGCCGAAUUAUAUGCAAUGA